CUGAUGAUGUCACGGCCGGGAUGCCUGGCCCACGUGCGGGCAUCAGUGUGUUCCAGCCUCGGGGACAACAACAAGGACUGCGUAGCACAGGCGCAGUCAGAUGCGGAGCGAGUCAAAUAAUCCAACGAGUGUCGGAUUAUCGCCUGUAUCCAAACCUCUACCAGCCGAUAGCGUGGGACGCUUCCUCUCUCAAAUUCGGCGCUGUUUUCAUCUCACCUUGCUUCUCCCACCCCCUUGAUGAUGAUUUGCCAGGAAGAUGCGCCUGUCUGAAAUGUUCGUUGACCUUCGCCUCCGCUCAGCAGCAUCGAAGCAUUGUGAAGCGCUGCCACAGGAGCGCCCCGGCUCCCGCCGCUGCCCCUAACCUCCCUGCAUCGCAACAGAUACCCGUGCUGUGACUCUUCUAGCCGCUCAUCUUUCAUUUUUUUAUCAACCAAGACCGAGGCAGAUGCCCCUCGCUCUGUCAUCCCGGAUUUUACUAUGGUGGAGUUUCCAUCUCUCAGUCCUUACUGGCCUCUCAUCCGCUUUCUGGUGCCUUUGGCUAUCACCAAUGUUGCCAUCGACCUCGGAGAGCAGGCCCUCAACAGGGGCAUAGCCACCGUCAAAGAGGAUGCCAUUGAAAUGCUGGCCAGCUACGGCUUGGCCUAUUCCCUGAUGAAGUUCUUCACUGGACCCAUGAGCGACUUCAAGAAUGUGGGUUUGGUGUUUGUCAACAGCAAGAGGGACCGGAGGAAGGCUGUGUUCUGCAUGGUGACGGCCGGGGUCAUCGCGUUCGUCCUGCACAUCUUGAUAGCUUACACAGAUUUAGGAUACUAUAUCAUUAAUAAGCUCCACCAUGUGGAUGACUCUGUGGGCAACAAGACAAGAAAGGCUUUCCUUUACCUGGCAGCGUUCCCUCUGCUGGAUGCAAUGGCGUGGAUCCACGCAGGGAUUCUUCUCAAGCACAAGUACAGCGUUAUAGUGGGCUCAGCCUCCAUCUCUGAUGUUGUGGCUCAGAUUGUGUUCGUGGCCAUUCUCCUCCACAGUAACCUGGAAUGUGUGGAGCCUCUACUCAUCCCCAUCCUCUCCCUGUACAUGGGUGCCUUGGUCCGUUUCACCAUUGUGGGUCUGGGUUACUACUGUAACAUCCACGACAACAUCCCAGAAUCCAGUGGAAUGGAUGUGGGCGGCGAUGCCACUAUCAAAAAGAUGCUGAGUUUCUGGUGGCCUCUGGCCCUCAUCCUGGCCACUCAGCGUAUCAGCCGACCCAUCGUCAACCUCUUUGUGUCCCGCGACCUCAAGGGGACCUCUGAAUCCACAGAGGCUGUGGCUGUCCUCACGGCCACAUACCCAGUGGGUCACAUGCCCUACGGCUGGUUAACCGAACUCAGAGCAGUGUACCCUGCCUUUGACAAGAACAAUCCCAGCAAUAAGCUGGACGCUGGCUCCCCUGUCACCAAGUCGCACAUUAAGAAGUUUACCUCCUGCUGUCUGGCUAUAUCAUUGACGCUUUGCUUUGUGGUGUUUUGGACUCCUGGUUUAUCAGAGAAGAUCCUGAUUGAUGUCAUUGGAGUGGAUAAAUCUUUUGCUGAUCUGUGUGUGGUCCCGCUCCGAAUUUUCUCCUUUUUUCCCGUGCCAGUGACUGUUCGGGCUCAUUUGACUGGAUGGCUCAUGACCCUGAAAAAGACCUUUGUGCUGGCCCCCAGCUCAGUUCUCCGCAUCAUUGUCCUCAUCACCAGUCUGGUUGUGCUGCCUUAUAUGGGGGUCCAUGGGGCCACACUCGGGGUUGGAUCCCUCCUGGCCGGCUUCAUAGGAGAGUCGACAAUGGUUGCCAUAGCAGCGUGCUAUGUUUAUCGACAACAGAAAAACAGUGAGAUGUCCAAUGAUCUGGUGGUGGAGGGCGAGGACUCCGCCCCUAUGAGCGAGGUGUGCUCCAGGACUCAGAUGGACGCCAUUGAGGAGCUCCAGGAGGAAGAGGAGGAGGAACAGGAGUGAACUGCGACUGCAGGGGAAAGUAAAGCAGACCUCCAUGUGGAAUUUUGCUGAAGAGGAGACUUUCCAGUGUUACUGUAUGGUUUGGUUUCAGAGGUUCUCCCGACAGACUUUGAAGAAGGGUGACAAAGUCUUCUUCGCGUCGACCUGCACACCAUUAAACGCACACUGUAAAGAAAGCCAUGCACCUCAAAGUGAUCAUUAAUCAGUUUAAAUACCGUUACGUCUACCCCCCUUUUUUCCUCCGUUCUCAUAGUUUUGCAUCAUCACAUCAGGCGGUGUAUUCACCACUUGUGUUUACUGGUAAACAAGGGAAAACGACACAGGAGAACUGUUCCUCCUCAGCAACAAGAAUGAAACGUCUGAUGAGUGGUAGUGGAGUUGCCAAAAAUACUGAGUUCAUUAUAUCAAGAUUAAGCGACAAGAGCGUUGCUUGAAAUCAAAUAGACAUAUUGUGGGACUUGUUGGGUUGUGCAAUCGUAUUUUACAUACACCGGUGUACAGAUUAUUGUUGUUUUAUAUAGGUAAUGCAAUGUGUAUAUUUAAAUGCCCUGAGGGGUCAGGAAUCCCUCCUUAUAUCAUUGCGUGUGUUACAGAAAACAGUUAUGAUUGUUCACUUUCCAUGCAGUCUGGGAGUCCAUCUACUUUUGUUCUGCCAAGCAUUUUCCCUGGUAGUUUCUGUCGUAUGUACUGUAUAUACUGUAUAGGCAUUCUUAUUUGGCAAAUAAAUUGCUUUAUUAUUAACCUUU